AUGGCUGGCUACGCGCGUCGCCCCGGCGUCACCCCGCUGUCCCGGGCCCGGGGCCUCGUCAUUCCGGACGCUCCCGCGUUCUAUGAGCGCCGGUCUUGUCUCCCCCAGCUAGACUGCGAGCGCCCCCAAGCCAGGGACCUGGAGUCCCACUUCGGCAUUCGGCCGACGUUUAUGUGCUGUGUGCCCAGUCCGGUGCUAGCUUCCGUGGGACACACAGAUUUUGGCUAUGGAAAGGGGAAAGGCACUACGCACGGUCCAUCAGGAGCCCAGAACACACACUUUGGAGGUGAGAAACCUGGAGAUCUUGAAGAGGCAAAUCCAUUUUCCUUUAAAGAGUUUCUGAAAAGCAAGAACCUUGGCCUGUCGAAAGAGAACACUGACAGCAGAAUUUAUUCAAAGGAAGCCACGAGGCACUCGCUGGGACUCGGCCGCAGCUCCCCCACCUCCCAGGCCGUGGGGUGCGGCCUGGAGUAUCAGCAGCCGUUUUUCGAAGACCUGACGGGGCCUGGCGACCUCCUGGACGAGGACGAGGACGAAGGGUGGGACGGGGCCUACCUGCCGUCUGCCGUGGAGCAGACCCACUCCUCCAGGGUCGCCACCAGCACGUCGCCCUGCAGCACCUAUGUCUCCUUUUUUUCCAACCCGUCGGAGCUGGCGGGGCCCGAGUCUCUGCCUCCGUGCACGCUGAGCGACCCCGACUCCCGCGUCUCCCCAGCCGGGAGCCCCAGCACGGACUUCACAGUCCACGGAGAGUCUCUGGGGGACAGGCACCUUCGGACGCUGCAGAUAAGUUACGAAGCACUGAAAGAUGAAAAUUCUAAGCUCAGAAGAAAGCUAACUGAGGUUCAGAACUUCUCUGAAACUCAAACAGAAAUGGUGAGGACGCUUGAGCGGAAGUUCGAAGCGAAAGUGAUCCAGGAGAGUGGCUGCCGCGACCUGGGGCCGGCGGCACAGCAGGUGGAGCAGAGUCUGGAGCGCGUGGCUAAACGGGCAGUGAAGGCAGAAAAUCACAUCCUAAAACUGAAACAGGAAAUCAGCUUGCUCCAGGCGCAGGUCUCUAACCUCAAGCGCGAGAACGAAGCCCUGCGGUCAGGCCAGGGUGCCAGCCUGAGAGCCGUGAGGCAGAACACCGACGUGGCCCUGCAGAACCUCCGCGUUGUCAUGAACAACACACAUGCCUCCAUCAAGCAGCUGGUUUCUGGAGCUGAAACAUUGAAUCUUGUUGCUGAAAUCCUUAAAUCUAUAGACAGAAUUUCUGAAAUUAAAGAUCAGGGGGAGGAGUCUUGA